GCGGCAGUGACGCUCUUACCCGACUUACCCACCGGACACAAAAUCAUUCUCUCGCCGUUUGCCGUACACGCCACACUCUCGCCGUUUCGCUACGCGCUCGUCGUCCAUUUUUUGUAUCUGUACGUUUUUGUGACUGUGUGUGCGUGCCGCUUUAGGUGCGACUCGAUAUCAUCGCCGUUCACGACGUUGUCGAUCAACGUUACCCGGUGUGAUUUUUUAAUAAUCGUUCGUUUGUUUAUUUGAAAAAAAUAAUUUUUUUUCGUUUCGCGUCCUCUGUUCGCUCCGUACGUCGACAUCGACCCGUUUCGAAAACGCAAAUCGCGCGAACUUCGCCACCGUCUGUACCGCAGCAGGACUGCAGUGUGACGGAUUAAAGUGCGCGAAAGCUACGGACCCGACCAGAGACGGACUAGAGGGAGGAAGAAGAUACGCCGGAACUGUCUACGAGAAGGAGGCAUUAUAACCGUCGUUCGACGUUAUACAUUUUACGGUUCGUUCGUGUUUAUUUGUUUAAUUUAAACCCAUCGAUCACCAUGACCGUUACGUAUGGCGUGACGGGGACGAACACCGACGGAGGAGGAGCCGUAAACAACGGCAGGAGAGUGCUCAUGGCGAAAACCGAUUCCCUGAGCAAUGUCAACAAUAACAACAACAGCACCAGCGUCAACAACAACAAUGGAUCGGCGUCGAUCACAGGCAAGGCGUCCGUGUUGAGCGUGAGGCGCGUGCUGUUCGGGCCGCCGGCCGACCCAGCGGAGACGCGGGCGUGGCUUGAUAGACAAUUGUGCGCGGCCACCGCGGCUGAUUCGCGGUCGUGGAACUUUGAUUUCGUUAACGAGCGUCCGCUGCGCGACAGCCCGGCCGACCGUUACGCGUGGGAACGCGUCUGUACACCGAAGCGUCGUGAAGAGCCGGCCGCUGCAAAUUCGACGACCACUGCCACAGCACAGCAACAACAAGAUUGCCGCCGAACGGCCGUCAAGCAGCAGCGACAGUCCAAAGUCACAGAUUUCAUGAGCAAAACCAAGAAACGACCGUUGAGCGCUUCCGGCAGGACACUGCGCUCGAACAACAAAGUCUUGGACGAAUCCGAAUCGGCAAACAAGCGGAGUCGCCGAUCGGUCACCACGACGACGACAACGACGACGAUGAUGGCUAUCUAAAUCGAAAUUGGAAAAAAGGCAAUAUGCUGAGUAAAUAAUAUAAUAUAACAUAAGAAUUAAAAAAAUAAUAAUAUAUAAUUUGAUGCCCAAAAGUUUUUCACAUUUUCGACGCAAAAUUCGAGAUCUCCCAAAUAUAGAUAGAUAGUUUUAACUAUAAUAAUAAUCAUUUAUAUUAUAUAUAAUCUUCUCCAGGAAUUUUCCUGAUAACGCACGUUCUUAUAUGACAUUAUUUUAUGUGUAUAAUUUUUUUUUAUCAAUCCCCCCUCCCCCCCCAUCGUUAUUGUACAGAUGUUUUUAAAUUUUAAAAAUUUUAAAAAUUAUGUAUUUUUUUUUUUUUUUAAAACAAUUAAUAUUUAUACUGUUUUGUUUUUUGAUCUCCUUCACGAAUAUUGUUCGGUUUUUAUCCACCGCCUAAGCGCAGACUAAUUUUGUUGUUUUAUUUGUCUACGUUAUAAUAUUACAAAUAAUGAAAAUUCUUAUCUAUUAACCAUCAUAAUAUAAUAUUAUGUUAAGCAUAUUAUAGCUUAAUGUCUGUACGUUUAGUAUUAGCUCUAGAUUUUAAUGUUAACGUGCAAUUAUACAUUUAACUUUUUAAUUUUAGCUUGUUGAAAAAAUCAUAAAAAGAGUGGUAAGAAAAAACAUCACCAAAGUGAAGGAAAAAAUGAAAAAUUUUUUCGUCAGACAAUUUUUUUUUAUUCGUUUUUUUUUUUUUAUAUGACGAUCUUUUUCCAUGAUUUAAUGUAUUUCAAUUUUCGAGAAGAUCUCAAUUUUAAUGAUAAAAAUCCAAAGAUUCAGUGGUCUCUUUAAAUCUAAUUUUACAUGUCCAAAGAAAUAUAUCUGUCAAAAUCCAAUUCGAGAAUCAAAAUUUAGCCAAAGGUGAUGUAUAACUGUAGGAUCUUAUACACGAGUAUGUUAUAGGCGAUAUUAUUUAUUAUGUGACUCGUCUUGCGGACGGGGAUGAUCUGUAGGGGGAGGGUAUAUCGGUAUAGAUUGUUCUCAGCAUACAUACAUCACCUUAUUUUAUAUAAUUAUAUAAUGUUUAAUCCGAGCUCUUCAAGAAUUUAUUUCAAGUUUAUGUGCAUCACAAAACGAUAAUAUUAAAAACGAAAAUAUAAUUUCUCAACAGAAUUUUUUUUCCAAUAUGGGACUGAAACGAUCUCAUUGUUUUAACUAUUUUUUUACACAAGGUUAUUUUGAACAAAAAUUUUCUCUUCUUUGUUGUGAAAAUAUCUUGUAUAGACUAAUUGUUUUUCUUGUUAGUAAAAAAAAAAAA